AUGGUGGACUACUACGAAGUGCUGGGCGUGCCCCGGCAGGCCUCGUCUGAGGCCAUCAAGAAGGCGUACCGCAAGCUGGCGCUCAAGUGGCACCCCGACAAAAACCCUGAGAACAAGGAGGCGGCGGAGCGGAGAUUCAAACAGGUGGCCGAGGCCUACGAGGUGCUGUCGGACGCCAAGAAACGCCAAGUGUACGACCGCUGCGGUGAAGCAGGGGUGAACGGCGGCGGCGCCGGCGGCGGGCCUUUCCAGGACCCCUUCGACUACAUCUUCACCUUCCGCGACCCGGCCGAGGUCUUCAGGGAGUUCUUCGGUGGCCGAGACCCCUUUUCAUUUGACUUCUUCGGAGACCCGCUUGAGAACAUUUUGGGGGGUCGGAGGUGCUCCCGGGGAAGCAGAAGCAGAGGGUCCGCACCCCUUUUCUCCACCUUCAGUGAAUUUCAAGCUUUUGGGGGUGGCGGUUCUCCUUUUGAUACAGGACUGACUUCCUUUGGUUCCCUGGGGAAUGGGGGCCUUUCUUCCUUCAACAUGUCCUGUGGUAGUGGUGGGACAGGCAGUUUCAAGUCCAUGUCGACAUCCACCGAAAUAGUUAAUGGGAAAAAAAUUACCACCAAGAGAAUCAUUGAGAAUGGGCAAGAGAGGGUGGAAGUGGAAGAAGAUGGAGAGUUAAAGUCCCUGACAAUAAAUGGCAAAGAGCAGUUGCUACACGUUAACACCAAGUAA